GCGGAGCCACCCCCUCCUCUGCACUGGGUGGUCCGUGUGCCGGGUCACGGGGCCCUGCCUCGCUCCCAGAUUCCUCCGAGGGAUUCCGAGGAGUGCACUAGGACUGGGGGGUUGAGCAGGAACCCCCUCCCAGUCACCUGAGGCUCUUGCGCCCCGCCGAAAGCCGGGGGUGCGUGGGGACGGGAACCCCACUUGGAGCCCGGCUCUUGGACCAGCCACCCGAGGUGGCCCCCAAGCCGGGGACGCGGGCCCCCAGAAGUCUGGGGCUCCCCAGGAAGCGAAGCGGAUGGAAGAUUCCUCGGCUCAGGGUCCUGGGUCCCCACCCCCCCGGCCCUGGGCAGCAGCGUCACAAAAGCCCCUGGUCCCCAGGGCAACCCGCGGAGCCCGGAGGGAGGCUGGGCUCUGGGAAGUCCGCGCGCGGCUCCGCUUCGGAGGCAGGCUCCCAGAUAAUGAGCUCCCACAUGGCAGGCCUGGGCCUAGACAAGAUGAAGCUGGGCAAUCCCCAGUCCUUCCUGGACCAGGAGGAGGCAGAUGACCAGCAGCUGCUGGAGCCAGAGGCGUGGAGGACCUACACCGAGCGCCGCAAUGCCCUGCGUGAGUUCCUGACUUCGGACCUGAGCCCGCACCUGCUCAAGCGCCACCACGCCCGCAUGCAGCUGCUGCGUAAGUGCUCCUACUACAUCGAGGUCCUGCCCAAGCACCUCGCCCUGGGCGACCAGAACCCGUUGGUGCUGCCCAGCGCCGUGUUCCAGCUCAUCGACCCCUGGAAGUUCCAGCGCAUGAAGAAGGUGGGCACAGCUCAGACCAAGAUCCAGCUCCUGCUGCUCGGGGACCUGCUGGAGCAGCUGGACCAUGGCCGUGCUGAGCUGGACGCCCUGCUCCAGUCGCCGGACCCACGGCCCUUCCUGGCCGACUGGGCGCUGGUGGAGCGGCGGCUGGCGGACGUGUCGGCCGUCAUGGACAGCUUCCUGACCAUGAUGGUGCCGGGACGGCUGCACGUCAAACACCGCCUGGUGUCUGAUGUCAGUGCCGCCAAGAUCCCGCACAUCUGGCUCAUGCUGAGCACCAAGAUGCCCGUCAUGUUUGACAGAAAGGAGUCGGCGGCCCACCAGGACUGGGCCCGGCUUCGUUGGUUCGUCACCAUCCAGCCGGCCGCCUCGGAGCAGUACGAGCUGCGCUUCAGGCUGCUGGACCCACGGACGCAGCAGGAGUGCGCCCAGUGUGGCGUCAUCCCCGUGGCUGCCUGCACCUUUGACGUCCGAAACCUGCUGCCCAACCGUUCCUACAAGUUCACCAUCAAGAGGGCCGAGACCUCCACGCUGGUGUACGAGCCCUGGAGGGACAGCCUCACCCUGCAGACCAAGCCGGGGCCCCUGGAGGGGCCCACCCUCAGCCACUCUGUCCGAGAGAUGAUUUUCUAAUAUUUAUCCACUAAUAAAGAGGAGUGUAAAUGCACAUACGGAAUUAAAGACACAAACCUAUUUAUGUUUUAAA